AUGCCAGUGCGUGUUCUGUUUCACUCCAGUUCUCUUAUAAUCUCCAGACAGUUGAUAUCAAUUUUUUUUAUUUUAAUAUACAUAAUGAUGUUCAUGUUUUGUGUAAAAACAGGUAUUCUGUUUUUGAUAUUGUGCGAAGCGAGUGGUUUGCCUCAUGGCGGAGAUGGAAAAAAAUUAGAACACCAACCAGGUGGUGAAUCUGAAGCUGCAGACAAACAUGCGGAUGGUAAGAAAAUUGAUGGAAAACGGGUUGGAGUUGACGUGGAAAGGGCCAGAACAGUCAAAGAAUGGUUGCCCAGGAGGUUAGGAGACUCAAAACGACCGAAACGUACACCAAACGGCUUCCCUGAUGAAGACGAAGACACCAUAAUAGAACCGAGAUUCGGCGGUAGAGGUUUCCAAAAGGGAGACCAUCCCCAUGGAUUUCUUGGUAAGUUGUUUUAUUCCAUUUUGCACCCCGGAUACAUGCAUGCACAGGAAAAUAGUGAGACAUAUUUCCACUCAGGUCAUGGACAUCCAGGACGUGGACAUUGGGGCUAUAGACAUGGGCCACCAAAAGAAUAUAACCAUCCAAUUUUCGGCUUCGAUCACCACCCAGUUCAUCAUGACCCCAACUUUGGCCAUCACGGUCCCAACUAUGGCCAUCACGGUCCCAACUUUGAUCGGCACGGUCCCAACUUUGAUCAGCACGAUACCAGCUUUAACCAUCAUCCAGAAUGGCAUAAAGAUCAUCCCCAAUUUGAUCAUAACCAUCACAACUGCAAUCACGACCACAGUUACGGUCAAUUGCCCUGGAAUCACAACUUUUCCAAUGGAGAAAACACCUCAAAGUACCCAAUGACGACGAACACCUUGUCUGCGGGUGGUAAAACCAACAACGAAGGCUUUGGAGAUGUCAAACCAGUGUCGGAACCAAAUUCGGAUAUUGACGAAACUAUGGGAGGAAUAUUUACGAGUUCGGUUACAAUGUCAACGAAGUAUCCUGAUAUUGAUAUUAGAGCGGGUGUGUAG